GUAAGUGUGACGACAGUACUUACAUUUCUUGCCUGUUUUCCACUACUCCUCUUGUGCUCAUUAUCUUCAAGAUAAAUUAUAAUUCCUUUCUGACUUGAUUUCUCUUCAAAACUUGUCUGGUGUCUGCAGUACYGUGUGUCUGCUGCUUACUCAUACACGAUAACAGAACCCACUGCUCUGUGAUUUGUGGUGAAAAACUGCAUUCAAGGCUUUUUGAUGCUUAGCACUGCUGUGACAACCAGGUUUUGAUCACACUGCUAAACAUCUGCCUAGAGAAGCUGUCACUGAAGGUAACUCUCCUUUCAUAAAAAGACAGAAAAGUAUUGUGCAGCUAAGCAAUUGGAUGUAACCUUAAUUCAAAACCAGGGUGUAUGUUUUCAAACCCAGGAUCUGUUCUUUGCUGAGUUUAGGUAUAGUUUUUCUGCACUUGACUAUGAAGAGAAUAUGUUUAUCUUCCUUAAAGAAAAAAAAAAAAAAGGAACCAAGCUAAAACAAGUUCCUGCCUGAGGAGAACCACAGCAGAGUAAUAGCCUGGCUCUCACUAAAUUUAGAAAUAUGAUGGGGUGCAUAGAUUUGAUCCUCUUAUCUGCCUUGCUCUCGGUUUCCAUGACAUCUGAAACAUUUGAUCCUAUGGAAGGUGAGGCUUUAGUUGUAAAAUGUCCCAAAUGGAGUUCAUCAGUGAAAGUCACCUGGUAUCGCAUGGAUACGAACAAAAUAAUUCCUGCAGAAGAGGAGGGAUCACGGGUAUUUUCCACAGAACGAUUUCUUUGGUUCCUGCCAACUUCCAGAGAGGAUUCUGGAAACUACACUUGUGUAACACAUUUUUCAAAUAAUCGCACRAAGUCAUACAACGUGAGUGUGCAAGUGCAUUCAUACAAGCCAGGAGAAUGUUUCCCAAAUCGGAUUCGUUACCCAAAUGACACUGGAAGAGGAAAAAUUGUUUGUCCUACCAUUGAUAACUAUAAGAAUGCUACUAUUGUCCAGUGGUAUAAGGACUGCAAACCCCUUCAGGGACAGAGGUUCUUCAAGAAAGAAAAAUAUAUUUAUAUUGAGAACCCAAGAAAGGAGGAUGAUGGUUACUACACUUGUCAAUUUAUUUAUACCCAUAAAGGAAAUGUGUUUAAUGUAUCAGCAACAAGAAUUUUCAUAAGUGAGGUAAAAUACUCACCUCUACCACCUCAAAUCAUAUUUCCAAAGAAUAAAGAGGUAAUAGAAGCGGAGCUUGGUGCUGCUUUGUCUCUGAAAUGUCAGGCCCGCCUGGGGAUUAAGAAACAGCCACUGGCUGCUGUCAGAUGGGAUGUGGAUAACAUCCCAGUGAAAAGCCUUGCUUGUUCAAGAUUUCGUGAAGAAACUCAUUUCAGUUUCGAAGGACAUGAGCACGUGUACUAUGAAGAGACCACUUUGAAUAUAACUGAAAUAAAAAAGGAGGAUCUGCAGUCAAAUUUCACGUGUAUAGCAUURAACACAAUGUACAACACAAGAGUCACAGUGACACUGCAACUCAGAGCACAAGCCAAGGCGGCUCUUCCUAAUGUCCUGUUGAUCGCAGGAUCUCUGGUUCUGCUAGGCACCAUAGCAAUCUCAGUUUUACUGUACCAGUCUUUCCGAGCUGAUAUUGUCCURUUGUACCGGGAAAUAUUCCAGCCCUACUCACUCAAGGAUGAUGGGAAGAUAUAUGAUGCAUAUGUUAUCUACCCCAAAAACCAUGCCAAUGAAGCUAACUUUGUGGAAUAUUUCGUUUACCAAAUCAUGCCAGAAAUUCUAGAAAAUAAAUGUGGAUAUAAAUUGUGUAUUUAUGGGAGAGAUAUAUAUCCUGGAGAAGAUGCAGCCAGUGCAGUCGAGAAGAGAAUGCAGAAGAGCAGGCGGCUGAUCAUCCUGCUGACACAGCAGCUGAUCCAUUCUAAGGAAGAUGCUUAUGAUCAGCACAUUGCUUUAUAUGAUGCCCUCAUUCAAAAYGGCCCAAAGGUGAUCCUUCUGGAAAUGGAGACAAUUGGGGCUUAYGGAAAUCUUCAGGAAUCUCUUCAGUUUAUUAUUAAGCAGCAAGGUACAAUCAAAUGGAAAGAGGAGCACACAGUGCACCCCCAGUCACCCAAUUCUAGGUUCUGGAAACAGGUGAGGUGCCAAAUGCCACUGACACGCAGGUCCUCGUGCUCGGCCAACACCAGGURAACAGUCCAGGAAAACUUCAGCACUAUCAGGAACUACUACAAGCCCACAACUCAUUUUCCUUUCAGAAGAUACAUGAUUGUGCAGUCUGGAAGUCUGGCUGGGUUUUUUGAAUGUUUUUCUGUCCUUCAAUUGAGUAAUAAUAAGGUAAUUUGAUGGAAGAGGUCUAGAAAAAUGAGGGAAGAUUUUACAGGUAUGAGAGUUCUGUAAAAAAAUAAUUCCAAAUGGUGUGGAGAAUUCUGCAUGUCACAGGAAACUAAAUAUACCUAUACUCUUUCUAUAUAUAGUUGUCUGUAUAAAAGAAAGUUAUGAUUGUGAAUAUCUGAAUGCCUUGCAGGUUUACUUCACCUUUCUAAUGCAGCUGAUAAAAUAGAAAUGCCUUUUGUAUAAUUUGACUAGAAAAUAUAAUGUGUAUUUUGCAACUAGAAAGUAUAAUGUUAUGCUUUUGUUAACUUUUUUUCCUGACACUUUUUUUUUUAUUUAAUGGGGAUACUCAUAAAAUGAAACUCUAUUUUUCCUUAAUGUGGAUGCCUCACUAAAGGCGCUUUUGACACUGACAUGAAUACAGCAUUGAAAAAAUGCAGUGUUAGGUGAAAUAAAUGCACUGAUAUAUGUAUUUCAUAUACAUUAUUAAGGAAAAAAUGCACUGAGGUAUUUUUAGGUAUUUUAUAUGCGUUUUAAAGUAUUUUAUGUAUCUAUUAAAAUGAAUCUCACACAAAGUUUACUGCUGUUACUGUAAUUAUUAUCUCCAGAUAGAACUAACAUAUUAAAAUGCGGGAUGUUCUUUUGAUAACAUUCCUUGAAGCUACUGAAAAAAUCCCGCUUUUUU